UAUCUCUCGUAUUCCUCAAUUUGUUCUUAAUAUAUUGAUAUAUAACACAUCAGGAUCGUUAUUGCCACAAAAGUGUAAUUUGAAGGAGAGACUUGGACUUCAUGACCUUCCUUAUUAGAAUAGGCCACCAAGAAUUUUAUAUAACUUUUAAACGUUCUAAGUUUUAUAUUGAAGCAUAUUGAAUCAUUUAGACUACUUAUUUAGCUAUAAAGUUACUGCUAUUUAAUAUUUGUAUUUGUACAUUAAAUUAUUAUUUUUUUAUUUUUUAUAAUUUUUGUUGGUUAUAAUUGUAGUUAAAUUAAUAAAGAGUAGGAUUGUUUCUUUUCUUAUGUUUUUCUAUAAAUACGUUAUAAAAUUUAUACUUUCAUCAAGAAAUAUGGUUGGUCAGAAGAGUCAUAAGAAGAUAAAGAAACCCUUACAAACAACUUUGGGUAAAGCAUCAAAACCCCCAGAUCAAAAUGAUUUUUCCCACUUACGUAAACCAAUUGAAACUAGUGUAAAUAGCAUAACACAAGUUGUCUCUUUAUUAGAGAAUGCUACAGCUGAGGUCAAAAACUUUGUGAUGUAUGAGUGUGAUAUUAUGUACGAAUGUAGAACAUGCCGAACCAUAUUUAGAAGUAUAGCCAAUUUUAUAUUACAUAAAAGAAAUUUCUGCAAGGACUUAUUCAAUCCUCUUGUUUAUAGAAAUAAUAAUAUUAAUACAUACCAGGAAAAAAUCCAAUGCAAUAAUGAAGAAACCAUUCCUAGUACAAAAGAAACUCAGCCCUCGUUAGAAAAAAUUGUAGAUAAACUUCGUAAAAGGGAUCAGCUAAGACAAGAAGCAAACAAAAUUUUUGUAGCCGAUUUAACUAAUGAUCCUGAUAGUGGAAAAAUCAAAAAUAUGGAUGACCGAGAAGUAAUAGGUUCAAAUCUUAAUGAUAUUAUUUUGGAAAAAAUUGAUACCAACAAUUCUGGAGUAUUUCAAACAGUUUUAAGGAGAUCUAGUGACUCUGACAUAAGCGACAAGGAUAAAGUAGAAAGCAUUAAAACUGAAAUAAUGGAAAACCAUAAAAUUAUAGAGAAUGAUGUUCCAAUGUUAAAUUCCAAAGGAUAUGUGUGUGGAGUAACCAAUUGUAAGGGGGAUCAAAUUGAAAUUUAUCCUAAUUAUACACUCAAUUGUGAACAAUGCACUCAAAAGUUUUCCACGCACAAGUCUCUGACUAAUCAUAUAAAAAGUGUUCAUAAUCCAAGUAGACUGGUCUAUCUGUGUCCUUUGUGUAAAGACGGAUUCGCAAACCCGUGGUGCGUCUACCGACAUUUAUCCAAGGUUCAUCGAACUAGCAAUAAGCAAAUUAGGCGCAUGCGCGAUCAAAUUAACAACAGUUUCAUUAGUAGGGGUGAAAUGGAAUCAAUUUACAAGAAGAAAUCUGUUGAAAGUAGCGGGGAAAGCGUGAACAGCGAGAAUCAGUGGAUUAACAACAUAGAAGAAGACAACGCCUUUCAAAUGUGUGCCGGUUGUGGUAAGCGGUUCGAGCGUAAGGCGGCUCUGCAUUCCCACUCCAAGAUGUGCGCCAAGCGAUUGGAAGUUUGUAACAGUAUCAACGAAAACGCCAAGAAGAAGGAAGAAGAAGAGAAGGCCAAGCAGGACAAACUGUCGAAGGAAAAAGAGUUAUUAAGGGGAGCGUCGAAAAGAAAAGCGCAAAAUAUUUAUUUGUACAGUCAGAAACCGAAAGAUGCCUCGCCUGAAAAGGACCGUAACAAAGAAACACCACCUCCCAUUUUAGUACCCGAGAUUGAUCUUGAUGACCCUGUAGAUAAGAAGUCACUAGAUAUCAAGAUAGUAGAAAAUAAAACCGAGGUUUGUGAUAAAUUAGGUACCCAGGUAGUUAUUUCUGAGAUAGACAUUACCGAGAGUGAUAGUAAUGAAAGUAGUGAAAAAUGCGCCGCAGAAAAAGAAAUAAGCGAUAGUGAUUCGACUCUUUCUAAAAUGUUUCAAGAUAGUAGUCCUACAAAAAAAACUGAUGACCUUUCUUUUGAAUCUAAACAGUCGAGUAGCAAAUCGUUAGGUAAUAGUCCAAAAUCAAAAAGUACCGAAGAUCUUCUUUGCAGUAGUGUUAGUUUUGAAAGUUUUUGUCAAAAAGUAGUUGACGUUGACCUGACGGAUACAGAGCAAGGUGACGUGAAAAAAAGAAAGCAACCUGAAACGGAGAUUGUCAUUGAUGAUGACGACGAAGAUGUCAUUUUUGUUGGCAUCGAAUCGUCUCCAAACGUGGUCUGUAGUCAAGUAUCGAAGAAAAUGAAGUUCUCGAACGAUGCUGGCCCAGUACCGGAACGGAACAGCGAUAAUUUCGUUCUUUUGGCCGCUCCCUACAUGGACCAACAAAGACUGAUCUGUAUGCCGUGCGUGGCUACGUUCCAAAAUCUCGAUCUGCUCAUGUGGCACAUGUCGGCGCAUUUCUCCUGGUUCCGGUACCAAUGCGCCAAAUGCACGUUCGUCACAUUCAACCAUAACGACUGUCUCGUGCAUCUGAUUCAGGAACAUAACCUUGUUGAACUGGAAGCUUCCACUUUCAUUUUGCCACUGCCCAAUUGGAAAACGUUGCUGAUGUCUCACGACUUCCGGUCUUUGAAAGAUAGUCAGAGUUUUGGCGGGAAACACACCAACGAGAACAUAAACUUAGAAAUUAUCGAAGAAUCCGAACCGGUCGAUAACGAAUCGGUGGCAAGUGACAGCCGUGACUCGGACGUUAUUUUAUUCGGGGAAGUACCCAAGAUCGCGGAAGACCAACCUAAAGAUGUGCCGGAUAUAAAAGAAGCGAGAAAAUUACGCAGAUGUACUAUAGAUUUGCACGACGGUAAAUCCGGAAAUGAUUUCCAAAUUUUGCCCGAACCCAUCGAGCUACGCAUGCCUGCUGAUAUUUCAGAUGUCAUUAAGACUCUAGAUUCCGAUGCGUCAAGCGAUUCUGUCGAAAGAACCAGUCCCGUAUCGGUGAUUUGCGAUGAGUCGAACGACGAUUGGGUUCUGGUCCAGACCAGAACGAAUGAGGAUCAAGUUGACGAUGAGCAUGACGUCGACGAUUCGAAAGUUUCGAUUUCGAAUGUGCGACCUUGUAGAACGCGAACCAAGGUUAAGAACAAAGACUUUGUCUAUUACGAUCAAGACAUAAAUAAUGUACUGAAAAUUAAGUGAUUUUUGACGCGGUUUGUUGAAAUGUUGACUGAAACGCUCAAAUUUGUUAUCGAUUUAAUUGUAGGAAUAUAUUUAGAUACAGGGUGUUCAAAUUUUUUUCUGUUUUGUUGAAAUUGAUUUAAAAUUAAUAUUUCUGUAAAUAAUAUCCUAUCUAGAAACUAUGCGGAAUAAUAUGCAUGGAACAUUUUUAGUAAAGUGUUUUAUACAAAGAUAUUUAAACUCAAAUAUUUUUGGUUUUAUACAUUAUAAUAUUAUUCAGGGAUCUAGUUCCUAUGGAUACAUGAUAUAUGAAAAUAAAGACUUGUUUUUGAUUUGCAGUAUUAAGUUUCAUCAACGGUCACUACAUAUUCGUAGGUACCAGAAUUUUUUCUACUAUGUUUUUAAAUACAAUAUUUACCAUUUUUUAUACAAAAUAAACAGUAAAAGAGUCUCAAAAAUCAUUUAAUUUUAUUUUGCCGUAGGUAUGUACAGGAAGGGAUUUAUUUAAAUUUUUUGUUUAUAUUUUUUUAUAUAUUUAAAGUUUAUUUUUGUUUAAAUAGUCUACCAUACAGACUACUUGAAUAGAAGCAACUUUAGUAUCAAAAUAAUUCAUAAGUAUUUUGUAAUAUCAGGCACUUUGGCUUGUAAAGUUAUUGUGGCUUGUACAAAACUUUAAAUUGCCAGGGGAAUCAAUCUUGUUUCUGCGGUUUGAUGUAGCAGCUGUAAAAUUUGUAUUUAUAUUAUAAUUAUUUUGUUAUUUGUAUAUAAUAAAAUAAUAUAUUUCUA